AUGGACGUUCUCCAUAACUUUGAAUAUCCACAGCUCGAAGAAAGGUACGAAGAAAUGAGAAUGAAAGACGGUGAGAAACAGAUUCUAAAUCCGGUACGCAGCUUCAAGAUCGAACCACACAUGACAAAUGGCGAUUCAACAGUCUAUCAGCCUCAUGGGACUCCAUCGUGUGUCUUUCUAUCAGGCUUGCAGAUUGGCACUGAAUUAGCCGUUGAUAUUAUUCGUUACUACUGUUUCUCAUUGGCGUCCAGCUGGUAUCACAACCUUGGUCCCUUGUUCACGUUCUCUCCGAGCGGUGGUGGCUAUCGCUGUACGUUGAAGCUUCCUAGUUCCGCACCAUUUGUCGAACUAUCAUCUGACGUAGAGGCGUCCGAGCUUGUGGCGUUGAACCAAGUGGUGUUGUCAGCAUGUACAAAGCUUUAUUCCCUCAAUGUACUGGACGAUAUCUUAUCACACCUGCAGCAGUCUUCGCUUAUCUAUAUCCCAAACUUCUGGAUGCAGCAGCGACAAAGUCUAGAAAAUAUCCGCUACAAAGAGACCUUGCAGUUAAUGAACCGAGGCAUUUCAGCCACAUCAUCUGCCAUAUGUCAACUAUACAUGUCGAUCAUCAGCUUAGAAUUUCCUGAUCGUCCAUUCAACCAGCGCCGUGUGCGACGCUUAUGCCUCUUUACGUGGGAGCCUCUACCGAUUAGCCCAUCUUUCACUAUACCCUCCGGGAAAAACGAUAUUCCAGUCUCAAUACAGGCCAUCAAAUACCCAUUGAUUUUUACCAAAGGAUGCUUGGAAAUUCUAGCCAAUGCGACAAUCGCUUUACUAUCAGUUAUGACGCAGCACGACUUUUUCUGCUUGGUUCAAAAUUUCCCAUACUUCAUGGCUCCUCUGACCUCCUACAAUGGCGAACCAAUCGAGGCCAUUGAGUCGAUAGAUGAAGCGCUAGCGGCUGUCGACUGGAUUGAACUUGUCAAUAUGGCAAAUGCCGUUGAAAAUCCGAUCAGUACCGAGGAAUUUCAAAGAAUUCUUGAUUUGCCCAAUGACGGGAGGUUGUUCAAUACAUUGUUCCGACGACUUUCAUCUGCUUCAAAGGAUAGCCUGCUGCCCGAGAUGCCCGGUUCGAUUUCCUGGUUUCCACACAUCCUACAUAAAUUGGAGCAUCUGUUGCUUCUCGAUGAGGUGCGAAAAAAAUUCCGCGCCGAAGCAACAGAUCGGUUACUAUUAGAAGCCUUCACUACUGAACGAGCAGGAGAGGCAUAUGAUUACCAACGUCUGGAGCUCCUUGGAGACACUGUGCUGCGGGUAGCAGCGGCAGUAUGGGUGUAUGUCCUCUAUCCCAGCAAUCCCAAAGAUGAUCUGAAUUUUCUUUAUGAACCAAUGCAAACGAACAAAUACCUAGAACGCAGAGCCGUCCAAGUCGACCUGGGGCGCUACGUCGCCAACACUAGCUUUUUCGCGCAGUCUUGGAAACCAUUUGUUUUCGCCAUGCGGGCCAAUUACCACUUGAAAGAUACGGUGGACUCUAUACCCAGACCAUUUAUCCCAAAACAACUAGCCGAUAUUGUGGAAUCAUCAAUUGGCGCCGUCUAUGUUAGCAACGGUAUGGAGGCAUCGUUCAAAUAUAUGGCGGAACUGGGAAUAUUCCGUCGUUCGCCGUUUGAUCGAUAUUUUCAUAUAAACGACUGGACCCAACUGAUCCUACAAUAUCAUGAUCGUUGUAUGGAGUUCUCGGAUCCGCCGACGCCGGAGCUUUCCAAGGACAUAACGCAACUUCAAACCACAAGCGCGUAUCAUUUCAACUAUCAACAGCAUCUGUACCCUAUCUUGGACACGAGUCGGGGCUUGGAAGACAAUCGAGAAUUUGAUCGGUUCAUGUUCCUUGGUAGGAUCGUUCUCCAGAUCCUUAUCGUGAAAUAUGCAUUCUUCAAAUACCAAACGUUUGGCCCGCAUAAACUGACUCAGUUCAAAGACCAUGUACUCGAUGACGAUUUCUUCGCCAAAGUCUUUUAUACCAGUGGAUUGCCGAUGGACAUUGGAUCGUACAACGCGCUAUUCAAAUCUAGUGUCGUAAAGGCGGCCAGGUUGUCGGGCGCACUCGCAAUGAAUGUCAUGGAGGCCUUGAAGAGGCAAUUUCCCAUAAUGUUAGAAAGAUUCUCCAACAUCUUGCAAGCCCUCUUUGGUGCAGCAUAUGUUGACGCCGGGUUUCAAGUGGAGCCGAUUGAGCAUUACAUCCUGCACCACAUUGAAGUAUUUCCACCGUUCAUGAUGAAGUAUCGUGACUUUACCCCCGAACAAAUGGAACACAUAUGA